AUGCUAGAUCAGGGUAUAAUCCGUCCCUCAGAAUCCGCUUGGAGCUCGCCUAUUUGGGUAGUUCCGAAGAAGGCUGACGCGUCCGAACGCCCACCAUCAGUUGAUAAUUCGUCUACAGCAUCCGCUCACACUAGUUUAGAGAACCCAAUUUUAGAGAUUCCAAUCGUUGCGGAACCUCUAAACAAAUAUCAUAGGCAGUUAUGCAUUAGAGUAGUAGGUGAUAUUAAAAAACGGCCAACGGGUUCGAAACCGUUUGAUACGCAUACUAGAACAUCAGUACAAGUUUCUAGCUCUAAUUUAGAAUCAGACGUAGUAGAUAUAAUUAAAGAAUUUGUUAAUCCUAAGGUAAAAACCGCGUUGCUUAUAAAUCCUCCCUUAGCUUUUUAUGACAUUAUACCGAUCAUUCAAGAUAAAUUCAAAAGUUCCGCAAUGAAUUUAGUGCUGUGCAAAUACGAAGUAGAGAACGUUAAAGAGUACUUAAGACAGCAAGAGAUACUCAAACAUUACCACGAUGACGUAUUCUCCAAAUACGCGCAGGCAUAUCAUAUUCGCGACGGUACUGCUAUUAGCACGUUACAAGCUUUACUUAAAUUCUGCACUCACCAUGGUCUCCCAUUAACUAUUGUUUCUGAUAACGGUACAGAAUUUACCAAUCAGUUAUUUAGUGAAUUUGUUGCCUUACACAAAAUUAAUCAUCAUAGAACUUUGCCGCAUAGUCCUAACGAUAACGGUAUAGUAGAAAGAUUUCACUCUACUUUGCUUGAGCACCUUCGUAUUUUAAAACUUAGUCAUAAAAAUCAGGACGUAAUUAACCUUAUCCCGUACGGUAUUUUAGCAUACAAUAGUUCUAUUCAUUCAUUCACUAAGUGCCGACCUUUUGAUAUUAUAACUGGCCACUUUGACCCGCGAGAUCCUCUCGAUAUAGAUAUAUCUAAGCACUUAAUGCAGCAGUACAUGCAAACCCAUCGUGACAAUAUGAAACUUGUCUAUGACGCAAUAAAUGAGUCAUCGCUGAGUACUCGUACUCACAUUAUAGAAAACCUAAAUAAAACCCGCGAACCGGAAAUCGAGUACCAACCCCAACAACGCGUGUUCGUUAACAACCCUUUAGCAAGUCGUCAAAAGCUAGCCCCACGAUAUAGUCAGGAUACUGUUCUUGCGGACUUACCUAUACACAUAUAUACCUCUAGAAAGCGCGGUCCCGUAGCUAAAAGUAGGUUAAAACGAGUCCCUAAAAGUGCCCAAUUGUUGCAGGGUGCUACUGGUCCUGACUGCUCGUUUGAUAACGGCUCAGGAACGCAAUCAAGAGAUAACACUUGA